AUGGCCUUUGAACAGCAAGAACCGCUUUUCAUGACGAAUCCAGGCUUUAAACCCAAGAACUUGUGGGGCUUCUUGGGACGCGGGGUGUCUUCCAAACUGGUUCUGAUCAUCAGGGAUGCAGUUGGAAGCCAUUUCGCGCUGCUGCACCAAGCCACAUGCACACGUAUGUGUGUUCACAUGCCGACACGCACGCCAGCUGCCGUGCCAGACUCUCCCCUGCUCGAGAAGACCGGCGUCCCGUCGGGCAGGGCCAAGCUGAGCGCAGCACCUCGCACGAACAUCGGUGAUUACCCCAGACUAGGAAGCCAUGUUUCCAGGUCUGUGUCUCCCACUACGACAUCUCAGAUACAAGCCAGGAAGAAGCGGAGAGGGAUCAUUGAGAAGCGGCGCCGUGACCGUAUCAACAGCAGCCUCUCCGAACUGCGGCGCCUGGUGCCCACCGCCUUCGAGAAGCAGGGAUCUUCCAAGCUGGAGAAGGCAGAAAUUCUACAAAUGACAGUAGAUCACUUAAAAAUGCUUCAUGCCACCGGAGGAGCAGGCUUCUUAGAUGCUCGAGCUCUGGCCGUGGAUUACAGGAGUAUCGGCUUCCGUGAAUGUCUCACUGAAGUUGUCAGGUACCUGGGCAUCCUCGAGGGCCAAAACGCCGCCGACCCCAUCCGGCUGCGGCUCCUCUCCCACCUGAAUAAUUACGUGGCAGAAAUGGAGCCAUCGCCUGUGGCCACUUCCCUCCUGCCCAUCCAGACGUGGCCGUGGUCCUUCCUCCACAGCGCUGCUGGCCCCGUGCAAAUCCCCAGGAGGGAGGCUGCUCCCGCUCCGGUUGUUUUGACUGCAUCUUCCCUGGUUUACCCAAGCCCUGCUGUGAGGCCAGCCCCGCUUCGCCGUGUCCCCAGCGACAUGCUGCCCUCCCGCCUCUUCUCGCCAGCCUCCGCCGGCGUCCCCGUUCCACCGGCUUACACAGCACCUCCCGCCUUGGGCGCUGCCACGCAGGGACCCGGGAUCAGGGUUGGGACAUCCAGGAUCUGCCGCUCCUGGGCAACCGAAAUCGGGGCUUUCUGA